GUUGAUGGCUUCUCUGUGUUUGCUGGACUAGAAACAAGUUGGGGGAGGGCAAGAAGACGGAGCAUCGUCAGUCCAUCCAGUACCAGAACCAGAACCAGAGAACGUUUCCAAACUUUUGGAACAUUUUCAAAGCAGCAGCUCAGCCAUGAAGGUUUUCAACUUGCUGUACUUGUUGGUGCUGCUCACAGCGUUGGUGGCUCCAGUGUUUUCAGUCAGACCAGACUUUCUGAACCUGAGGAGAAAAUACCACAGACACCACUGUCCACACAGACGCUGCAUGCCUCUUCACGCCAGAGUCCCGUUCCCCUGAGGCCGAGGAAACUCUUCAGAGGAGCGCGGCUGGAUGUGAUCCUUGGCGGCAUGGAUGGAUCAGUCAAGACAGACGGACGCAGGAGGUGGAGGAGAAAAAUCCAUGAAACGCCACUCAGGGACGGCCAUGAUGCCCCGCCAAAGGGAGAACUUCAAAGUCAGCCUCUCCUGGAGACUCGAGAUGAAAAACUGUUCAUCCAGGACAGAGUUUAAACCAUAAAAGCUGACAGCGGCGCGGCGCUCACAGAUGUGACUUCAGAGACGUGGAGCUUCGACCUGGAGUCACAUUUCAUAACCAGGAGAGAGAAGAUUUAUCAUGAAGAAUGUUCAGCGUUUAGCCAAAACGCUGCAGA